AUGGCUGUGGUGAGGAACAACACAAUGGUGACAAAAUUUAUCCUCCUGGGGUUUUCAGAUCAUCCUCACUUGAAGAUCUUCCUUUUCGUGUUGUUUCUGGGAAUCUACCUCCUGACCUUCACUUGGAACCUGAGUCUCCUCGUCCUCAUCAGGGUGGACUCCCACCUCCACACACCCAUGUACUUCUUCCUCAGUAACCUGUCCUUCUUGGAUGUCUGCUACGUGUCCUCCACAGUCCCCAAGAUGCUCUCCGACCUCAUCGCUGAGCAGAAAACCAUCUCCGUCCUUGGCUGUGCCACCCAGUACUUCGUCUUCUGCGGGAUGGGGCUGACCGAGUGCUUUCUCCUGGCAGCCAUGGCCUACGACCGCUACGCCGCCAUCUGCAGCCCGCUGCUCUACACGGCCCUCAUCUCCCACACACUGUGUUUAAGGAUGGUGACUGGCGCCUACAUGGGGGGCUUCCUUAGCUCUCUGAUUGAAACGUACUCUGUCUAUCGGCAUGAUUUCUGCGGGCCCAACGUGAUCAACCACUUCUUCUGUGACCUCCCUCCAGUCUUGGCUCUGUCCUGCUCUGACACCUUCACCAGCCAGGUGGUGACCUUUGUUGUGGGUGUUGUUGUUGGUGUGGUCUCUGUGCUUGUGGUCCUCAUCUCUUAUGGGUUCAUUGUUGCUGCUGUGCUGAGGACCAGCUCAGCUAGAGGUAGGACCAAGGCCUUCAGCACCUGUGCCUCUCACCUGACCGCCGUGAUCCUCUUCUAUGGUUCAGGUCUCUUCAUGUACAUGCGCCCCAGCUCCAGCUACUCCCUGAACCAAGACAAAGUGGUGUCCGUGUUCUACGCUGUGGUGAUCCCCUUGCUGAACCCCAUCAUCUACAGUCUCAGGAAUAAGGAGAUUAAAAAUGCCAUGCGGAAAGCUGUGGAAAGGGACCCUGUGCUUUCUCGUGGGCACUCAUUUUCCUGA